GUUUAACAAAAAGUCAGUCUGGACAAGAUGGCCGCCCGGGUGACAUCGGCCUUCUAUCAUUUUACGCUUCUUUUGCAUCUAUUUUUGUUAAUAAAUUAUAAUUAUGGUGAAAAAUACGAUACUCAAGCUCGGACACUUGAUGCCGACGAUAUUAAAGCAUAUUUGGGGCAUAGGAAGCCCUUUAUUAUUGAAAAAGAGGAAAAUUAUUUAACUGACGAUGAAACGUCAUUUUCGCGAAAACGACGAGAUGUUCCUCAAUCCCAAGCUUCACCAGGAGUAAUUGAAAAUCCAGUGAAUAUCACCACUAAGUUGAAUGUUCUCAACGAUUCUCAUCAACAAUUAAUGGUUCAUUGGGUCGGCGAAAAAUCCAAUGUUAUAAUUUGCUUGGCAAGGAAUAGUUCAUCAUCGGUACGUUCACAAGGUGCUCGUCUUGGUGCUGAUACAAACCCUAGUGCUGUUUAUAUUAGCUACGACUAUGGAGAUUCAUUUGAAAAUAAAACAGAUUUAUUUAAAAUCAGCACCGAUCCAGAUCAGUAUGCUACAUUAGAUAAAUUCUAUAAUCAUCCAAAGUUCAAUUACUACUGUAUAUUUGCUGACGUCACCAAUCAGGUGAUUUUUAUUACAAAAAAUAAUGGACGAACAAUUUCCAAAUAUCAUUUAGAAUUUCAUCCGAGUGAAAUAUUAUUUGAUGAAGAUAAUCCAACUUAUAUAUUAGCAUUAGAUAAAGUUGAUACAUCAAGAAAUGUUUGGUUGUCAAAAAAUUUGGGACUAUCAUGGAAAUUAGUUCAUCGUGAUGCUAAAGCUGUUUUCUGGCUGAAUUCAAAUCCCAGAAAAUUCUUAGUAGAAAGAGAAUAUGGCAAAAGUCAUUCUGUAGUAGAGGUUUUAGUUGAAUCUGAACUCAAGAAAGAAUUCGUUAUUGGAGAUAUUGAAGAUUUUCAAAUUCGUGGAGAUUAUAUGUUUGCGAAGAAAAGAUCUGAAAGUACACGUAAUGGAACAAAUACUACAAGUCAAGAUUUGGAUUUAUACAUAUCUUACAAAAAUCAAUCGUUUGUGUUGGCACAAUUUAAUACUGAGCUAAGUCGUAAAGAUUACCAUAUUUGUGAUAUUUCUAACAACCGAAUUUUUGUUGCCGUAUCUCAUAGUGAUACCCACGUCAAUCUUUAUGUCUCUGAAAUAAUCGAUAACACGACAGCCCGUUUUAUAUUAUCUUUAGAAGGAGUUUUUACUUAUUUUCCCAACAUUAACUGGAAAGAUAGUUGGCUAAAUGAUGUUGCAGAUGAAGCUUUUACCGAUUUAUACAAAGUCGAAGGUCUUCGAGGGAUUUACAUUGUAUCUCACAUCAGAGAAACACCGAAAGAAACAUCUGUAGGACCUGAACAUCUUGAAUCUUUAAUAACCUUUGAUCACGGAGUGACAUGGAAUAAAAUUAAGCCCCCAAUAAAUGUUAAUGAAAACACUCACGAUGCCAACUGGUCAUUACAUCUCAGUCAGCGUUUUAGCCAGCUUUAUCCAGUAACUCGUUCUGCUUCUAUUAUGAGCUCUAAAUCAGCACCUGGAAUUAUCAUGGCUACUGGUGUUUUAGGGUCAAGUCUAAAAGGUCAUCCUGGUCUGUAUGUAUCUCGUGAUGCUGGUCUCACCUGGAAACAAGUACUCAAAGAUUAUUACUUUUUCAAUAUGGGCGAUCACGGUGGAGUUCUUGUGGCUGUUAAAUAUUUCAAAUCGCGCGGAGAAACUCGAGAUCUCUUGUAUUCAACCGAUGAAGGAAAGACUUGGAAAACUUACAAAUUCAGUAAGGAUCUGCUCCGUGUUUAUGGUCUUAUGACCGAACCAGGAGAAAAUACUACAGUAUUUACAAUGUUUGGAUCCAAUCCGGGUCAACACAAAUGGCUUAUUAUUAAAGUGGAUCUUAAAAAUGCAUUUGAAAGAGAGUGUAAACAAGAUGAUUUUAAAUUUUGGUCUCCAUCAAGUUCUGAUCAACCUGGAAUGUCAUGUGUCUUGGGAGAAAGAGAAACUUAUGAAAGAAGAGCUGCUAGCACUAAUUGUUACAUUGGAAUUGACUAUGAUAGACCUGUUAAAAAAGAAAUUUGCCCUUGUGAUUUUCAAGAUUAUGAAUGUGAUUUUGGAUUUGUUAAAAUUGGAAAUCCUUUUCAUUGUAUUCGUAAUAUUUAUGAGACUCAUUAUGAUCCAUAUAAAAUUCCUGAUACUUGUGAACGUGGUAAAUUUUAUAAAAGAACUAAAGGAUACAGAAAAAUCCCUAAUGAUAAAUGUUAUGGCGGAGCUAGAAGAUUUGAACCAGAUGAAAUCCCUUGUCCUAUGGAAGCGCCAUCAGAAUUUCUUCUCGUCGCUCAAAGAGAACACAUCUCUCGCAUUGAUCUACGAACCCAAAAUCGAGAAGUAUUACCAGUUCAUGAUUUGAAAAAUGUUAUUGCUAUUGAAUAUGACAUGAAAAAUGACUGUUUAUAUUGGGCAGAUAUUGUUAAUGAUACUAUUGGAAGGCAGUGCUUUAAAGAUGGAACAUUCUAUCCUGAAAUUCUCGUUGAAACUGAUUUAAGUUCUAUUGAAGGAAUGGCAUUCGAUUGGAUAUCUAAAGUUUUAUACUUUGUCGAUGGCGUGAAAAUGCGGAUUCAAAUUAUUCGAACGGAUAUCACAAUAGCAGGAAGAAUGAGGAGAACUAUAUUGGGAUCAAAUAAUUUACAAAAACCUCGUGGAAUCACAGUUCAUCCUAUGGCUGGUUAUAUGUUCUGGACGGACUGGGCUCCCGGAAAUGCAUCUGUUUCUCGUGCAAAUCUUGACGGUACAAACGUAAAACGAUUAUUUACAAAAGGAACUGUGGAAUGGCCAAAUGGAAUUACCAUUGAUCAUAUGGCUGAGAGAAUUUAUUGGGUAGAUGCCCGUGAAGAUUACAUUGGAUCAUCAGAUUAUGAUGGAAAAAGAUUCAAAAAAAUAAUCAGCGAUGAUGAUCGAGUAUCACAUCCAUUUGCUGUUGCUGUUUUCAAAGAUAAUAUGUAUUGGGAUGAUUGGAAACAAUCUAUGAUAUUUUUAGCUGAUAAAAAUCACGGGGCUGGUAUCGUAACUACACAAGGCAUGCUGACUGGUUUGAUGGAUUUGAAAGUUUUUGCUCAUAGCAUACAAACAGGAACAAACAAAUGUGAAAAUAAUACUAUUUGUACUCAUAUUUGUCUCGGAGCACCAAAUGAUGGUUUUGUUUGUUUAUGUCCGGACGGUAUGGUGAUGCACGAAGGUAAAUGUUUGUGUCCCGGCAACAUCCCACCAUCUGAAAAUUCAACAUGUCCAAGAGUUCAAAAUACAUGUGCAUCAAAUCAUUUUGCUUGCACAAAUGGAGCUUGUGUUCCUGAGAUAUGGAAAUGUGAUGGUGAUAAUGAUUGUGGCGACAAUUCUGAUGAACUGCAAUGUAAAAAAGCUACAUGUAGUCCUACUAAUUUCGAAUGUGAUGGCGAAAAAUGUAUUCCACGAUUUUGGGUUUGUGAUCUUGACGCGGAUUGUCGUGAUGGUCGGGAUGAACUCAAUUGUACUUAUUCAAAUUGUACUGAAUCACAAUUCAGAUGUGAUAACGGAAGAUGUAUUCCUAAAAGAUGGUAUUGUGACGAUGAAGAUGAUUGUCGUGAUGGUUCUGAUGAAAGAAAUUGCAGUAAAAGUACUCUAUUUAGCACAUGCAAAUCUGAUGAAAUUGCAUGUGAACCUGAUCACAGCUGUGUCCCAAGAACGUGGCAGUGUGAUGGAGAAAAUGAUUGUGACGAUGGUUCUGAUGAAAAGAAUUGUUCUCAAAAUAAAUGCUUCGAUUGGCACUUCGCUUGUCAGUCUCCUGACCUACCACACCAAUGUAUUUACAAAUCUUGGGUUUGUGACGGCGAUAGAGAUUGUCGAGAUGGAUCUGAUGAAAUGAAUUGUACAACUCAUUCAACUCAUGAGCCUCCUCAAUCGCCUGUGUUGCCUACGAAUUCAUGUAAUGAUUGGAUGUUCAGAUGCAACAACUCAAAAUGUGUACCUUAUUGGUGGAAAUGUGAUAGCGUUGAUGAUUGUGGUGAUGGCUCUGAUGAAUUAGGCUGCGGAAAUCCAGAAAUUUUACCAGAAUCACCUGACAUCAUUGAUACAACUAAACACCCUCGAGUUUGUCGUGAUUAUCAAUUCCAAUGUUACGAUAGAACAUGUAUUGAUGAUGCUUGGGUUUGUGAUGGUACAGCAGACUGUAAAUCAAAUGAAGAUGAACUUCAUUGCGAUAAAUCGCACAUUGGCUGUCGUGAUGAUCAAUUUAUGUGCCAUGUAGAUGGAAAUUGUAUUUCUUCAUCAUAUAUCUGUAAUGGAGUUGAAGAUUGUCCAGAUCGUAGUGAUGAAGCAGGAUGUCACAGUGAACAUCCAAAUCCAGCUAAUAAACCUUGCCCUGUUGGUUACUUCCCAUGUGAUGAGAAAUGUAUUGAGUUAUCAAAUUACUGUGAUGGUAAAAAAGAUUGUUACGAUGGAUUCGACGAAAAUAAUUGUGAAAAAAAUCAUACUAGAGUCUAUCAAGUUAUGGUACUAGGAGUAGAUGAAAGAUCAACAAAUGCUACAAGUCUCUUUUUAUUUUGGUGGAUGCCUAUUCCUACAAACAUUACAUUUGAAUUUUUACCAUCUAUUUCAAAAGCUGAGCCUGGCGCUAAGUGGACUAAUGCUACUAGCUGGAUUGAAGACAAUGAGUAUCAAUUUAAUAAGCUGGAACCGUUCACACUCUAUAAUUUAACUGUUUAUGUUAGAGUAAAGGGUCGAUCAGUAGAUUUCCCACCCGUCAAGUAUUGGUCCGUAAAAACAGGAGAAGGAGUGCCUUCAGAGCCUUGGAAUGUCACUGCUGUUCAAAAGAACGGUACAAAGGUUGAACUUUCUUGGCGACCACCAUUACAUCCCAAUGGCGUAAUAACUGGUUAUGAUGUAUUUAUAACACCACCAAUUCCACCUAAGAAGUAUAAUGUUCAAAAAACAUCUUUUGUCUUCGAUCAACCAUUUGAAGCUGACACAGUUUAUUCUUUGUGGGUAAUCGCAAACAAUAAUAAAAGUUCUUCUGCAUCUUCGAAAGUAGCAAAAUUGAAGUUCGAUGGAGCAGCAAAUAUUGAUGAUAUUGAAGACCUUAAAGUUGUGGAAAUCACGAAUAAUUCUGUUCAUCUUACUUGGAAAGCUCUUAAAGAUGUUGAUAGAUAUCAUAUUACCCCUAAACCACAAUCACCUUAUCCAUCCGCUCCUUCAACAGUUGUAAUGGAAAAUGAAGCUGUUAUUGUAGAUCUAUCGCCAGGCGUUCAAUAUACUUUUGAAGUUAAUGCUAUGAAAAAGAAUUAUAUUGGUAGAGGAACAUCUAUCGUGGCAACUACAAAUGGAACGGCUUUACCUAAGGUACUUGCUUUAAAUGCAGAGUCAAAGAAACACGAUGGAACUACUGUUAAACUUAGCUGGGAUCCACCAAAGAGUACACGUAAAAUAAAGUGGCAAUAUGCUAUCCAUUAUGCAUUGAAUAUGCAAGACUUAUUUAAAGAAUAUAAACUUCUCACAAAUAAUAAUAUUGCAUCUAUUAAAAAUCUUGAAGCAUGUGAGUCAUACAUAUUUGCUGUAGGAGUUCGAGAUACCUAUGGAGCUGGACCUCUAUGUGAACCGAUUACAGUUCUUACUUAUUACAAUCCAAGAGCACCACCAAAACAACUAAGAGUUACUCCAUCUCAUAAGCCAGACUCAAUAAUCGUGUCUUGGAGUGCAAGUUGUAUGAUGAUUGAUGAUCCUAUUACCUACAAGAUUAGUGUAACAGAAAUGAUACGUAAUGAAACGUCAACAAUAAUCUUGUUACCAACAAAUGAGACUGCAAUAAAACAUACAUUCAAAGGUAUUAAAUAUGGUGGAAAAUAUAAGGUGACCGUUGCUACAAACGAACCAGAUUCAAUUAUGAGUCAACCAGUUAUUUAUUUGGCACCACCGCUUUCUCCUCCACAUCAAGUUCAGGUAAUAUCUAGCGGUGAAAAUUGGUUUGUCUAUUGGCAAGAGCCCGAUUUACCUUCAGAAGUCAAAAAUCAUACUGCUCGUUAUGAAGUUCUUAUUAGCGAGAACCAAGUUACUGUUAAUGAAUCAACUGCUGAAGUUUGGCCAUGUGAUCAACCACCAUUCAUCUUCAAAGGUGUCAAAACAAGUGUUGUUUAUUCAUUUGCUGUGCGAGUAAAAACGGACGGCUAUCAAAGCGAACUUAGUGAAUCAGUCACCGUCAGAACGCCUUCAGCUGCAGAUUGGCCAGUUGUGAUAAACACAUCCAGUAUCCUGUCAAUAGCGAUACCAAUUUGUCUCUUGGUAAUUGCCUUAGGAGCUGGUCUAGCAUACUUUGUAGUAAGACAUAGACGGCUAUCGAAUAGUUUUACACUCUUUGCAAAUAGUCAUUAUGAUACAAGACGAGGUCAAGCUACUUUCCCGGGUACCACAGAUGCUCUCGACGAAGAAGAUAGUCCUGUGAUCCGCGGUUUCUCGGAUGAUGAGCCAUUGGUAAUAGCGUAAAUAAUAUUAAUAUACAAAUAAAUGAACAUAUUAAUUAAUUAUUAAUUAUAUAUGAAUAAGUGAGUAUAUGCAAAGACACUACAUUAUUAUUAAUUAUUUCAAUUAUAGAUAGAAUUUGAUCAUCAUUUAAUCAGAAUGAUAUUUGUUAAUUAAAUAUGCAUGAUUGUUCAGCAUUAAAUAACGAAAACGAUGACUAUUGUGUGACUUUUCGUCAACCGUAAUCAUUGUAAUCUAUUUGAAUAUUUUUUACAAGUACAUUUGUUUAAAUUUUUUUAAGCCGAAAAGUCACACUUUAGUCAAUUUUGUAUAUAUUUCGAGUUUUCGCGAUGCCAGCAGUCUAUUAUUUUUUAAUUUUUAUUUUUGUAAUACUCUCCAUUUAUUGCCAUAAUUAUCAUGAAGAUAAAAAAACAAAAAAAACUAAUUACGAAAACUAAUGUUUGUAAUGCUAAAUCCUUUUUUUAUAUGGAAAUAUAAUUGUCAAAAAUUUUUUACUUGUAAUUACAAAAUGAUGAACCAAACCAUAUGAAUAUAUAAAAAAAAUUCGAGCUUGAAAUUAAAAGGAAAAUUACCGUCCGCAAAUUUAUUCAAUUUUUUUGUUUUUUACUUUCAAUUGAUCAAUAACUGAUUAUAUUAAUUAUAAAUAUAUACUUUCUUUAAAGACUGGAAUCGUGCCAGAAUAGGCAAUAAUGAUUAGAUUGAAUAGUGAAUUGUGUUUAAAGAAACCAAUGGAAGCCUGCUCAUAGAUAGAUUCGAAUAACUGAUGACAAUACAAAUCAUUUUUAUUGGCUUAUUGGCAAAUUCUUAUAAUUAAAUAGUUUGUUUUACAUUAUCUCUUAGAAUUAUGUAGAUAAAAAUGUGAAAUUGUUCAAAAAUAUUGUUAUGUUUUAAUUGAGGAUUAUCAAUAAACACCAAGAGUAUUGUAAAAUUUCAACUUGAAAUGAGAGAAUGAGUAAAAGAGUGCGAGAAAGAGACAAGAGAAAAAGGCAGUCGGAUAUUCCUUAUUUUUCCUUCGAGCGUUUCUUUACCAGGCGAUAAGUAUUAUGGUUAUUUAAUUUGUAUUUAAACGCCGAAGGAUCUUGCCAUUAUUUUAGUUUCAAUGUUGAUUAUCCACAGUUGUUUAAUUCUAUACAUAUAAAUGUAUUAUAAGUUUUCAUAGGCUUCCAUAAAGAUCCGACUGUUGUAAAAGUCUGAAGAAGGUAAAAAAACAGUAUGAAUGUAGAACAAACAUCACUAAUCAUGGCAAGAUAAUAAUAAAUUGACAGUUAAUAAUUGAUAUAAGUGAGGAGAAAACGAUUGUAGUCUUUAUGUGUAAAUCUUGCGGAGUAUAAAGGUCACAGUGAUAUAAUAUAUUUGCGUGUAAAUAAAUCGAAUUAAAGCAAAACUA